AUUCGCUUUGUUUCUUUUUGUUUUCUUUAAGUGAGAAUAUUCCUAAAUAAUAAAUAAAGAAUAUAUAAUAAUGUAUUUAGUUUAAUUCGGUGAACGCAUAAUGUGACUUAAGAUCAGUGGAAGUGCUAGUUUUAAGUUGUGUGCACUCUAGAUAGCUUUUAUCUUGUGCUUCACUUUUGCGUAGGUUUUAUAUUCAAUCCGUGCAAAUGAAGCCUGGUAAAAGUGCAGACGUGCGGGAGGAGAUAGUAGAAGUUCAUUCUGUGGCUCGGUCUCCUUCUCCGAAGCGCAAAACUAAGUCACGAUCGAGGAGUCGGUCCGGAUCGCGAAAGUUGUCAAACGGCCACUCAGAGACCCCAGAAGUGGCCGAAACUCCUGCUGCCGACGAACAGACUACAGACAGAUCUAAGCGUGACAGCUGGAUCAAGUCUGAGCAAGAAUCUUUAGACAUAGAGCUGCCUAUUCACGAUCAACUCAAGGAUCAAAUCCUAGGAUUUGUUGAAAAGGAAAUUAAGAAGUCUGAUAAGAAUCCCUCGUUCGUGUUUUAUUCCCAUGAUCCUACUGGUUUGGAUGACAAGUUUAUGAAGAAUUUAUCCCGGCCAUCGAGUGGUCAUAAAGAGAAGAGGAGCCCCUCAUAUAGAAAGAAGAAGAGGCAUUCAUCAAAGCAUAGAGAUAGGGAUUUACAUGAUUUUGAAGUACCUGGAUCUAGUCUGAGUGCAUUAGAAAAGGUUGAUGACUAUCUGAAAGAAUACAACAAGGAUGAGGUAGUAACUCUAAGUGGCGAACUAGAUAUAGAAGCGAAUGAUGUAGAAAACAACAAUGGGUCUUCGAAGGAGCACAAACCUAGAAAGACUCGGCGGAAAGUGAGGGACGAGAGACAAGAUACCAAUGCUAACGGGAGUGAUGUCAGCCCUAAGGUGUUUAAAGCUGGCAGUAAAACUAAAGGCGGAGGGAAACCAGUUCGCCCAACAGACUUAUCAACAAUGCUGGCAUCUCUUGAAUCCAGUAUGCCGUACCAUGACCAAUAUAUAGACAACCCGUUCUCAUCACCGUCACCUCUCACAUCCCCCAACGAUGAGAGGCUGAACCCCUUCGGUUCACGGAGGCCCGAGAAAAUCUACAUGCAGGGCGGAGGGACAUUCAGAGCUGUGUCCAGGGAUAGAAUCUUGGAAUCACAGCAGUCUAGAAAUGAAGAUAAAUACUUGAGACUGGGCGACCUAACGCCGCUGGACGUGGCGCUGACGGCGCAGAAGGCCUGGCGCAGCUGCGCGUACGCCUGCCACGGCGUGCUCGGCGGCGUGGCGCUCAUGCACCUACUGCUCAUCAGCUAUUCUGACAGUUUGGACGCUGGCCAUCUGUCCUUUCACGCGGUCGUCACUAUGCCAUACGUCGCUACAUACUACUUUCUUUGUGUGUUGUGUCUGCUCUCAGUGUUGGAUAGGCUAGACGUGACAAGUUUGGACCUGAGCCGGGGCCUGCAGCCCUACUUCCAGCCCAUAGUGCUGGUGAUCCUGUACAUGGCGUGUCUGUUGGUGUGCACGGCGGCGCGCAUGUACGACGACCUCAUGGUGUACCAGUACGCGCCAAUGGUCGCCAACUACACCAAUGUUACCACUCCGACCAUCCCCUCGUUCUAUCACACGUGGACGCACUUCUCGAUCUGGCGCGCCGUGCUGUCCAUCCUGGGCCUGGUUUACUUCGUGAUAUCCGAGCCACCAGAUCUGGUGCUCGCCAACCUGACCAAACUGCUCCAGUACAAGCAUUCUUUACAGAGCAUCGGAUGAUGGCCUUGAUU